AUGGUGUCCGCUUCCAAGGCUGCUCGUAUGGCCAAGCGUGCCGACGACAAGAAGUCCAAGGGCAGCAAGAAGGCCGAAGCCGAUGGCGAGGAUGUUCCCGCCACCGACGACACUAAGAUGAAGGAGGUCGAGAAGCUCACAGCUCAGAUGGACAAACACGGCCUCUCUGACCGUGUCACCACCGGUGUGCUUUCCUCCAUGGAGUCCUCCCGCGAUGUCAAGGUCACAUCCGCCUCGCUGGUGUUCCAUGGAAAGGUCCUGAUCACCGACUCGACCCUCGAACUUAACUACGGUCGUCGCUACGGUCUCUUGGGUGAGAACGGCUGUGGAAAGUCCACUCUGCUCAAGUCUAUCGCCUCGCGCGAGUUCCCCAUCCCCGAACACAUUGAUGUCUACCUCCUGAACGAGGGUGCCCCCCCUAGCGAGGACGGUGCCUUGACCUGGGUUGUUAAGGAGGCUGAGAAGCAGAUGGCCGAGAUGGAAGAGAAGGCCGAGAGAAUUCUGGAGGAGCACGGUGCCGAGAGUCCUAUCCUGAUGGACCUGUACGAUGCCAUUGACAAGAUGGAUCCCUCUACCUUCCACACCCGUGCCUCCCUGAUCUUGACUGGUCUGGGUUUCAACAAGCAGACCAUCGAAAAGAAGACCAAGGACAUGUCCGGUGGUUGGCGUAUGCGUGUGGCCUUGGGUAAGGCCCUGUUCAUCAAGCCCUCGCUGCUCCUGCUCGACGACCCUACUGCUCACUUGGAUCUUGAGGCCUGUGUGUGGUUGGAAGAAUACCUGAAGAAGUGGGACCGAACCCUGGUCCUCGUCUCCCACUCCAUGGACUUCUUGAACGGUGUCUGCACUACCAUGCUUGACAUGCGCAUGAAGCAGCUCUUGUACUACGGUGGUAACUACGACUCUUACCACAAGACCCGCUCCGAACAGGAGACCAACCAGAUGAAGGCCUACAACAAGCAGCAGGAGGAAAUUGUCCACAUCAAGAAGUUCAUUGCCUCCGCUGGUACAUACGCCAACUUGGUCAGACAAGCCAAGUCCCGCCAAAAGAUUCUGGACAAGAUGGAGGCCGAUGGUUUCAUCCAGCCUGUCAUCCCCGACCGUGUCUUCACCUUCCGCUUCGCCGAUGUCGAGAAGCUUCCUCCCCCCGUCUUGUCCUUUGAUGAUGUCUCUUUCUCCUACUCUGGCAGCUGGGACGACACUCUCUACGAGCACCUCGACUUCGGUGUCGACAUGGACUCCCGUACCGCCCUGGUCGGACCUAACGGUGUCGGAAAGUCUACUCUACUCCGUAUCAUGACUGGCAAGCUCAGCCCCAUCGGUGGACGUGUCUCCCGUCACACCCACUUGAAGUUGGGCAUGUACUCUCAGCACUCCGCCGAACAGCUCGACCUCACCAAGUGUGCCCUCGAGUUCGUCCGUGACAAGUUCCCCGAGAAGUCCCAGGACUACCAGUACUGGCGCCAGCAGCUCGGUCGCUACGGUCUCACUGGUGAGUCCCAGACCGCUCUGAUGGGUACCUUGUCCGAAGGUCAGAAGAGUCGUAUCGUCUUCGCCCUGCUCGCCAUCGAGUCCCCCAACAUGAUUCUGCUCGACGAGCCUACCAACGGUCUCGACAUCCCCACCAUUGACAGUUUGGCCGAUGCCAUCAACGCUUUCAGCGGUGGUGUUGUCGUCGUGUCUCACGAUUUCCGUCUCCUCGACAAGAUCGCCAAGGACAUCAUGGUCUGCGAGAACAAGACCAUCAACCGCUGGGAUGGUACCAUCGGACAGUACAAGAACCACCUCCGUAAGAAGAUGAUUGCUGCCGGUGCUGUCUAA